GGCCCUCGCAGCCGCUGCCCAAGUCCUGCCUGGGCCGCGCGUAGCCUUGCAGAGGGCCAGCCCUUCGCGAGAGGCCUCGUGUCGGCCCGAACAUUUCCUCUUCCACGGGAUGGGGGAUGAGGGACAGGGCCGACCCUUGACGGCGUUGCUGGCCCCUAGAACCCGGGGCUUGAGGGGAAAUUGCUCGCGAUGGAAGUGGAGUUGGGGUCGGCGGCUUGGCGCAUUGGAAGCAGAAGACCCAGCGGUCCGGACUUCAUUUCCCAGGCAGCCGCGCGCGCAACCGGAAGUGUUGCGAGCUUAUAAAAGGGCGAGGUGGUCCAGCCUGCACAUUUAGGGCGGCGGUGGCAGAUGAGCGGACCGAGUCAUACAGAUGUUAAGUGACUUGCUCAAGGUACCUCACUUCAUAAGAGUUAGCGCCCAGGCUACCACUCCAUCAGCCUGCCACCAGGUCUAAAGGGGUGCCUGGUCAGGAUGGCGGUGAGAUGGUUUUACCUGUCUGCCCUGACACUGUCGUCCCUGGGCUUGAUGUGCAUCCUCUUCACCGUCUAUUGGAUGCAGAGCUGGCAUGGUGGCUUUGCCUGGGAUGGCACCAUAUUCACGUUCAACUGUCACCCGGUGCUCAUGGUUGCUGGGAUGGUGGUGCUCUACAGUGCUGCGUCGCUGGUGUACCGCCUGCCCCAAUCGUGGGUGGGGUCCAAGCUGCCCUGGAAAAUUGUCCACGCAGCCCUGCACCUGAUGGCCUUCAUCCUGACCGUGCUGGGGCUGGUGGCCGUCUUUAAAUAUCACAACCAUGCAAAUAUCGCCAACCUCUACUCCCUGCACAGCUGGCUGGGCAUCACCACCGUCUUCCUCUUCGCCUGCCAGUGGUUCCUGGGCUUUGCCGUCUUCCUGCUGCCCUGGGCGUCCGUGUGGCUGCGCAGACUUCUUAAACCCAUCCAUGUCUUCUUUGGAGCCUCCAUCCUGUCUCUGGCCAUUGCAUCUGUCAUUUCCGGCAUUAAUGAGAAGCUUUUCUUCAGUUUGAAAAAUGCCACCAAGCCGUACUCCAGCCUGCCCGGUGAGGCGGUCUUUGCCAACAGCACAGGGAUGCUGGUGGUGGUCUUCGCGCUGCUCGUGCUCUACAUCCUUCAGGCUUCGUCCUGGAAACGUCCAGAGGCAGGGGUCGUGACUGAAAGACAGCCCCUGAUGCAUGAAAGGGAGUGAAGCGGGAAGGGGCUCCCAGGAGCAGUCGGUGGCGCGGUCUGGACUCCCCAGCUCUCAUCUACCUGGGGCUCCCCUCUGGUUUUGGCAACAGACUUGCUUUGGGCUCUGGCCCCAAACCUCUCCUUCACUCCGUAUUGGGCCUGCUCUCUCCACCAACUUGCUGCCCACCGCUUUUCUUGGUAACUUUGACUUCUGCACCCCUUCUUGGCAUCGACUUCUGAGGUCCCCAUUUAUACAGGCCCUCCUUGCCCUGACUGCUCACACCGCUCCUGCUGUCUAUCUGAAGUCAAGCUGAUUUCCCCUUUAGACCCCUCAGGAUGUGGUAGGAAAUCCGACAGCUCAGAUGAGCCGGGACUCAAGUGCAAUCUGUAAUGUGGGAAGUGAGGGAGUGGUAUCCGUCAGCUUUUCCCACGAAGUUGUGCGUUUCAUUUAGGGGCUCGCCAUGGGCAGGCUUCUUCUGCUGUGACCUCCAUCCUGCCCACCUGGACGUGAGGCUGGGCAGGACCCUUGUGAGGUGAUGGAAGGAGACACGAGAAUGGUUGCAGGGCAGCUUCUGCAGAGGAACAACUGAGGCCCUGACUGCUGUCUGCUGUUGUUUCAUGUCACUGCUCUCAGUGUCUGCAUCCAUUGUGACCGUGUGGCUCUACCUCUUCCAGCUGCUGCUCCAGCUGGUGCCUUGAUCGCAGCCUGUCCCUGUGACUUACGUGCCUGUCACUGUUGGGCAGCCCUAUGAACUCUGGUAAUGCACUCGCUCAAGUACA